GGCAAUAUCUCACUUGCGGCCACCGUCGUGUCCCCAACGUCAGCCAACGAAGCAUAGUGCCGAAGCGUUUUGCUCCACUUCCUCGCUAUCUCCGACGAAGAAGAGGGAGAGGAAGACGAAGGGCCAAACAGAAGGGGAAGAUAUGGCUUCUCGAGUCGCCUUCCUAACGGAACCAUUCCUCUUCUUCACCCCCUUCGGAGGAAGGAGGAACGGCGGAUCUCCCAGGGUUUCUAUGGCCUCCACCAUCCCCUCUGCGGCCGCCGCCACCAAUUGUUCUUCUAGGAUUGAGACCCCCAAAAAGCUCUUCACUCCUCGCGAGAUGCAUGUCCAAGUCACUCAUUCCAUGCCUCCUCAAAAGAUUGAAAUUUUUAAAUCAUUGGAAGGCUGGGCAGAGGAAAAUAUAUUAGUGCAUUUGAAGCCUGUCGAGAAGUGUUGGCAGCCACAAGAUUUUCUUCCGGAUCCUUCAUCAGAGGGAUUCUAUGAAGAGGUUAAGGAACUGAGAGAACGGUGUAAGGAGAUUCCUGAUGACUAUUUUGUUUGCUUGGUGGGAGAUAUGAUUACUGAAGAAGCUCUUCCUACAUAUCAAACAAUGCUAAAUACCCUUGAUGGUGUUAGGGAUGAGACAGGAGCAAGUCUUACCUCAUGGGCUGUCUGGACUAGGGCUUGGACUGGUGAAGAGAACAGGCAUGGAGAUCUUUUGAACAAGUAUCUAUACUUAUCUGGAAGAGUGGACAUGAAACAAAUUGAGAAAACAAUCCAGUAUCUUAUUGGUUCCGGAAUGGAUCCCAGGACCGAGAACAAUCCCUACCUUGGUUUUAUUUAUACAUCGUUUCAGGAACGGGCAACCUUCAUCUCCCAUGGAAACACUGCUAGGCAUGCUAAGGAGUAUGGAGACCUCAAGUUGGCGCAGAUAUGCGGUAUAAUUGCAUCUGAUGAGAAGCGCCACGAGACUGCAUACACUAAGAUAGUGGAAAAACUGUUUGAAAUUGACCCAGAUGGCACUGUUCUUGCAUUUGCUGACAUGAUGAAGAAGAAGAUUUCAAUGCCUGCUCAUCUGAUGUAUGAUGGAUGUGAUGAUAAGCUGUUUGAUCACUUCUCAGCUGUUGCACAGAGGUUGGGUGUUUACACAGCUAAGGACUAUGCCGACAUAUUAGAGUUCCUUGUUGCAAGGUGGAAGGUCGGUGAGCUAACAGGCCUCUCUGGGGAAGGUAAUAAAGCCCAGGACUUUGUCUGCACUUUAGCUCCAAGGAUUAGAAGGCUCGACGAAAGAGCUCAAGGGAGAGCCAAGAAAGCAUCAGUCAUACCCUUCAGUUGGAUCUAUGACAGGGAAGUGCUGUUCUAAUUCAGUAAUCCAUGUAAGCAAUUCUCACUUUGCUGUCCAUUUGCUUAUUCAUAGAGUGUCAAAGAAGAUUUAGAAUCAGGUUCAUGCUAUGGCUUUCUUUUGCUAUGGUGACAUCGAUUUAGGAAGGGUACAAUCUUCUAAGGUAUGGUAAAUAGAUCUCAUGGCUAAUGCUUGCUUCAACUAGGUUUUCAGAUCAAGAAAGGUUUUUUAUCAUUAUAUUUUAUUUUUCCUGGACAAGUAUGUUGUUUGUUUGAGUGGGAUAAUUAAUAUAUAUGGAGCUUUGUUUGUUUUAAGAGAA